GUGAGGCGCCGAGCCGCGCUUCAAACACCGAUCGCCAAGCAUACGGGAAGUUCGCCGCGCGGCGAGUAAUGCGUACGGGAAAAUGACAUCGCGAGGCAUAAGACGGAAGAAGUCUUCGCUGUCCGAAGUGAAAGUGGCCGUCGUAGGCGCACCGUCGGUCGGCAAAAGUGCACUGACGGUCCGGUUUCUCACCAAACGAUACAUUGGCGAAUAUGAUCAUCAACAGGAGAGUAAAUACAAGCAUGAAACACUUUUAGAUGGGGAACCGAUACUCUUUGAAAUACUGGACACAUGCCCAAAGGGCUUGAACGAGCUGCCUGGCAAUGAAAUCGCACAGUGGGCUGACGGCUUGUUCCUUGUAUACUCUAUAACGGACAGGGAAUCAUUCAACUAUGUGCGGCGAGCAAAGCAGAGUCUGCAACCGGAAGUACCUUUGACCCUCGUAGGCAACAAGGCCGACAUGGUGCAUUUAAGACAGGUUAGCCAUGAGGAAGGGGUAAUACUGGCAAAGGAUUUCGAUUGCAACUUCGCUGAGUUGGCUGCCGCUGAACAGGUCAACCAAGUCGGAGAAGUAUUCCACGAACUUUGCCGCGAAGUUCUCACUCACCGAAGACGCGCGAAGCAUAGCCUUUUAGAUAGAAUGCUGGGAUCCAAGACGGCCUAUCGGGUAUAUUCCCGUGGGAAAAGUGACAGCGCUCUACCCAAAGACUAAAUAUAAUUAAGUUUAUGCAUUUAGUUGUAUUUCUUCUCACAAGAGAAUUUUCGUUGAGAUUCAAGUUCGACAGUUAUAUUGUAAGUGCUCUUCAAUAAAUUAUAAAUGAACCAAGUUGAGUAUGGUCUCUUAUACUUGGAUGACAUUGUAUCGUCAGCCUGUCAAUUAAUCAGAUAAACAGAGAACUAUGAAAUAAGAAACUAUAUAGCUUGAAAUUCAUACAUAUGUAUUUAAAUGUAGUAACACAAAGCCAGGCAAAAUAUGAAAAUCGUUGUAUAGACAAGCAUAUAUUGUAAGUAUUGAAGCGGUGAUAGCCCAGUGGGUAGGAGCUUGACUUCUCUUUCGGGGGGCCGAGUUCGAAUCCAAACACGUCUGUAAGCAAGCAAAAUAUUUUUUUGUAUUUGAUAGCCCUAUCAAUAUGUAUAAGUUUUAUAAAAUGAGGUAAUAGCUUUGUAAACUAUUGCUAUAACCUUUUGUAGCGGAGCAAACGCAGUUAUAACGCGGUCGGGCGUGUGGACGCGUUCGGUCUGAGUAUAUUGUGUAGAAUAGCCAAUAUAAGUUUGUAUUGGAAGAUUUUAUUUAUCAGAAAUAAAUAGUACGUAAACAUAGUCGCGAGGGAGAGCUAGUUUUAAAUCAAAUAAAUAUUGUAACCAGACACCAAAGAGUUAAGAGUCCUCUCACAGGGCAAUAUUACAAUUUUAGGUAGGACUUUUAUAAUGUUGAUAGUAAAGCCACUGGCAAUACAAAAUAUUUAAAGAAUUGUCCUUAAAUU